AGGCAAUCGUGAAGGCAGCCUGAAGAGAGCAGGCGGGUUCCGGUUGGGAAGUUCAGUCAGUCCCAAGAUGGCAGCGCCGUUGGCGGUAAAUUCAGGGGCCAGUUUGUGGGGUCCAUACAAAAACAUCUGGACGGCAGUGGAAAAUGCGUUGCUGAAGAGGCAGCCGGAGGCUGUGCACGUCCUGGACCUGCUGCUCAAGAAGCAUAAGCCGGACUUAAUCUCCCUCUUCAAAAACCCAGCAAAGAGUCCCCAACAACAUGAAAAGAUCCAGAAAGCCAGCACAGAGGGCAUCGCCAUUAAGGGGCAGCAAGGAACCCGACUUCUCCCAGAAGCUCUCAUCAAAGAGGCAUUUAUCCUCAGCGACUUAUUCAAUAUCGGAGAGGUGGCUGCGGUGGAGCUUCUGCUAGCAGGAGAACAUCAGCAGCCUCAUUUCCCAGGCCUCACGCGGGGACUGGUCGCUGUGCUGUUAUACUGGGAUGGGAAGAGAUGUAUCGCCAACUCCUUGUGUACCCUCAUCCAGUCCAGAAAGGGCAAAACAUUUACAAUGGACCUCAGCCCAGAGGUGGAGUCAAUGACAACGCGAUUUACUGACGACCUGAUGGAAAGUGGCUUAACUCAGAAAAUCCUAACUCUGGUGUCUCAGAUUGACGUGAACAAUGAAUUUGAUAAGCUUCAGAAAGAAAGAGGAUUGGGCAAUGAGAAGCAUCGAAAGGAGGUCUCAGAUCUCAUAAAGGAAAGCCGCCAGUCACUUGCAGAAAGUCUAUUUUCCUGGGCCUGUCAGACGCCACUGAAUAAGGAUGAUACACUCCUUCUGAUUGGAUACCUUGAGAAGGUCUCUGUGGAAGCAGACGGUACUUUGGACAGCGUUAACCUGUACCUCUUCAUGGCCCUGCUCUACUGCUUUGAUGUUGGCUUUUUGGAGUUGGGGACGGAAGACAGGGAUGAAUUAAUGCACCAGACCCCUCUUCUGACUGAAAAACAGUAUGUCGCAGCCAUUCACCAGAGACUGCAGGACUCCCAGCCAUGGAAGUUAUCUGGUCUGCAAGCCACAGUUCGGCUGGCCUGGGCACUUGCCCUACGAGGCAUAUCUCAGCUGACUGAAGUUACAGCAUUAGCAGAGUUCACAGAGGCAGAUGAGGUCGUAGCAGAGAUGGCUGUUGGGGGUAGUGCCUUCCUCUUCCUCACCGAUGCUGUGGUGGCCUCCGAGAUCUUCUCCCAAGAAGAAUUUUUCUUCCGUAGGAUUCACACACUGGUCACAGAUUUCCUGACUAGAAUGCCCAUGAAGGUCAAACAGCUGAGGAACCGAGCUGAGGAAGAUGCCCGUUUAAUUCACAUGAGCCUGCAGAUGGGUAACGAGCCGCCGACCUCUCUGCGCCGAGAUUUAGAGCACCUUCUGCUGUUGCUUGGUGAACUUUACAAGAAAGAUCCCUUCCAUCUUGAGCUAGCACUUGAAUUUUGGUGUCCAACCGAACCUCUUCAGAACACCACCUUGAUGGGCUCCUAUCUUGGAGUUGCUCACCAAAGGCCUCCUCAACGCCAGGUUUUGCUGUCAAAGUUUGUGAGGCAAAUGAGUGACCUGCUGCCCCCCACUCUGUAUAUUCCUUACCUGAAGAUGCUGCAGGGUCUGGCCACGGGUCCUCAAUGUGCUCAUUACUGCUUCAGUUUCCUCAAAGCCAACGGCAGCAGCCACGCAGAGAACUUGCAGGCCGGCAGCCCCGUGUCCUGGGACCACUUCUUCCACUCACUAAUGCUGUACUAUGAACACUUACGGAAAGAUGUACCAAGUUCUGACAUUGUCCACCAACGUCACCCUCCAUUGAGGGGCAUCACUCAGCGGGAGAUGGAUGGACUGGUGGCAUUCUUGCAGCUCACCACCACAGUCAUUGAUGGGAGUGAGAGUGCCCGUCUGGCCCUUUGUGAACAUUCCCAGUGGACGCCGGUUAUUGUGAUACUAGGACUAUUACAAUGUAGUAUUCCUCCCGUCCUGAAAGCAGAGCUGCUGAAGACACUGACUGCUUUUGGGAAGUCUCCAGAGAUAGCUGCUUCUCUUUGGCAGUCCUUGGAGCAUACCCAGAUACUGCAAACUGUGAGACGCACAGGACAAAGACAAGUGGCUGGAAUAGAGGUGGAACUGAAUGAAAUUGAGUCACGAGCUGAGGAGUAUCCGCUCACCAGAGCCUUCUGCAACCUCAUUGGGACCUUAGUGGAGAGCUAUUUUCCGUCCAACCUCGGAGCUGGCUUACGACCCCCUGGAUUUGAACCCUACCUGCAGUUUCUCCGCGAUACUGUUUUCCUCCGUUUCCGCACCAGAGCUUACAGGAGAGCUGCAGAAAAGUGGGAAGUGGCUGAAGCUGUACUCGAUGUCUUUUACAAACUCUUGAGAGAUUACGAGCCUCAACCGGAAGACUUUGUCGAGCAAUAUGUGGAGAUGCAAGGAGAGGAGAAAGCUGCUUACAAGCCGCCUGGCUUCAGUUUAAUGCAUCACUUACUGAACGAGUCCCCAAUGUUGGAGUUGUGUCUCAGCUUGCUGGAAGAGGGUGUCACACAGUUGGACACCUAUGCCCCUUUUCCUGGUAAGAAACAUUUGGAGAAGGCCGUGACGUGCUGUUUCAUGCUUCUGAAUCUGACGCUGCAGAAAGAGAACCUCUUCAUGGACUUGUUGCGGGAAAGCCACAUUCCGCUGAUCGUCACCCCUCUGGAACAGUUGUUACAAGGCAUCAACCCACGAUCCAAGAAGGCCGAUCAUGUAGUGAAUAUUGCUAGGUAUCUUUAUCAUGGCUCCAGCAAUCCUGAAUUGGCGUUUGAAAGUGCAAAGAUCUUGUGUAAAAUUUCCAGUAACGCCAACAUCCAAGCCAAGCUUGUGGGAGAUUUUACCCAGGACCCGAAAGUUAGUCAGAAACUGAUGGCUGGUUUUGUCGAGUGCCUGGACAGUGAAGAAUCGGAGGAGGUGGCUAACCCCCUAGAAGAAAUGGAAGAAGAGAGGAAACUGGUGACAGUCCACCACGAGACCAAAAUUCACAUCCUUAACCUGCUCAUCACCUCCCUUGAAAUGAAGCCACCCAACCUGGCUUUAUAUCUCCUGGGGUUUGAGCUGAAGAAACCAGUCAGUACGACAAAUCUUCAAGACUCAGGCGUUUUGGGCUUCCCCCGAACCUGUCUUCAUUCCAUUUUGGAUAUCCUUAAGAAUGGAACUGAUGGAAGACAAGGGCCAGUGGCUGUGCUUGAGGCUCCACACCUUGCUGAGCUGUGCUAUCAGGUCAUCCAUCAGCUCUGUGCCUGUGCAGACACCUCUGGCCCUACUAUGCGAUAUCUUCGCACUAGUCAGGAUUUCCUGGUCACCCAGCUUCACCACCUACCCUUCUCUGUGAAAGCACAUGAAAUCUCUGCCCUCAAUCAGAUGUUGUGGCUGAUGAAGACUUUGUCCAUUGAACUGCGUGUUACAUCUCUUAACCGCCAGCGCUCCCAUACACAAAGGCUGCUCAACCUCCUUCUAGAUGAUGUACCUGUCCGUCCAUAUAUAGUAGCUGAUGGUGAAUCUGGUAUGGAGGAGGACAACCGCAACGUUUACACGUUUCUUCACUUUGACACAUCCUCAAAAGUUCGUAGGAAAAUCUUGAGCAUCUUAGACUCCAUUAAUUUCACCCAGGAGAUCCCAGAGCAGCUUCAGCUGGACUACUUUGACCGCAUCCAAAUAGAGCAAGUGAUCACUAACUGCGAGCACAAAGACAGAAACGGUCAGACGGUCUGCAACGUGAAACUCCUCCAUCGAGUUCUGGUAGCAGAGGUCAAUGCACUUCAGGGGAUGGCUGCCAUCGGACAGAGGCCUUUAAUGUUUGAGGAAAUCAACACUAUCCUGCAGUAUGCAGUAGAAAGAAACAAGAUGUUCCAGUGUCUUCACGCCAAACGUCACGCACUGGAGUCCUGGAGGCAGCUGGUGGAGAUUAUCCUGACCGCCUGUCCUCAAGAUCUGAUCCCGGCAGAGCAGAGGCAGUUGAUCAUUAGGGAUCUACUUCAGGACUUGCAUGACAAGAUUCUGGACGACGAGGCAACUAAGGACCUUAUGCCGGUAGUAGCGGGGGCUGUGUUCACCCUCACCGUGCACCUGAGCCAAUCGAUACGCACUGAGCAGAAGCAGCCACUAAGCGCUCUGGGGGUCAAGCAGUCACAGUAUGUGCUCUUGCUGGACGGCUCCUUCGCUGCACCUCCAGGAACGGACACCUUGUCUGCAGGAUUUGCCUCCAUUGGAGACUCCUCACUUCAUAUGAUCCUUAGGAAACUGCUGGAAUUUAUUCUAAAGACAGGUGGAGGAUUGCAAAGAGUACGAGCACAUCUGUAUGGCGCUUUGCUGUAUUAUUUGCAAAUUGCCCAGAGGCCAGAUGAACCGGACACACUUGAAGCAGCCAAUAAGACGAUGUGGGAGAGACUGACUGCCCCAGAAGAUGUAUUCAGUAAACUCCAGAGGGACAAUCUCAACAUCUUUGAGAGCUACGGGGCGGCCCUAAUGGAGGUCAUCUGUAGAGAUUCCUGCGAUGGGCGUGAAAUAGGCCGAAUGUUGGCACUAGCCCUAUUGGACAGGAUAGUCUGUGUGGACAAGCAACAGCAGUGGCUGGUGUACCUCUGUAACAGCGGAUACCUCCAGGCUCUGGUGGACAGUCUUGCACAGGAUGAUGUCAUCUUACAGAACCUGCUCAAUCCUCAGCCUCCAUUACUGAAGGCUCUGUACAUCUACGAAUCGAAAAUGGCGUUCCUAACCCGUGUUGCGAAAGGCCAGCAAGGCGCCCUGGAACUGUUGCGGUCAGGGGUUAUCAUCAGACUGGCUCAGUGCCAAGUAUAUGGCAUGCGUCCGGAUACAGAUCAACAUGGAGUGUACGGAAUGAGAGAUACCCCUGUCUUCAUCCCAGCACCGUUAGAAAGGUACAGGCAGAUUCUGUUACCUGCGCUGCAGCUAUGCCAAGUGAUUCUGACCUCCAGCACAGCACAACAUCUACAGGUGGCAGGACAGGUGUUACAGUUCCUAAUAGCUCAUUCAGAUACAAUCCACGCCAUUCUCCGAAGCAAAGAGGGCAGCCUUGGUUCUUUGCAGGAGCUGGCACUUCUUACCGGCAUUAUCAGUAAAGCUGCACUUCCGGAGGUGGUCAAUGAUCUGGGUUCUGUCUUAAAUGAGGGUCCCAUGAUCGAGCUGCACGGACAUGUUGGUCGAUUUCAGCGCCUCUGCCUGUCUUUGUUAAACCGCUUUGGGGGUUCCGACAAACUCCGCCAGCUCAGUUUACAGGACGAUGGCCCUUACGAGGAUGGUGUGAGCAAGAAGGACGACAUGGAGCUGGCAAUGCAGCAGAUCUGUUCCAACGUGAUGGAGUACUGCCAUACGCUGAUGCUGCAGAAUUCCCCUAACCUCCAGCAAAUGGUGUGUCUCUUCACCCCUAGCCUGUCUGAGAGCGGCAGCAGCAGAGAUACCUCCAGAUUAGAAAACCAGGCAUCACUGUUUCCGUCCUGGCGACUGCCCAGUUUGGGUAUUGUGUUGUCUCUGUUGAAGCAAUGCUCCAGUGAUUUCUUCACAUACUACGACAUCCACCGACAGAGCGUCGGCAAAUUACAGAACGUGGAGCAACUCCCCCCAGAUGAGAUCAAAGAGCUUUGCCAGUCUGAGACACCAGUUGGAGUAGAUAAAAUAUCAACCACCCAGAAGCAUUUACUGGCAAGACGGAGACUGGUGAAACUCAUCAAUAGCAGAGCUAAGCUGUUGUCCGUCUGCUGCUAUAUCAUAGAAACAUGCCUCUUCAUCUUAUGGCGCCACCUAGAGUACUACCUGCUUCAGUGCACACCAAGUGACGGCCAGGACUCCUUAUUCUCCAAUGCAUCUUUUACCAGCAGAAGAUUCCAAGACACACUAAAUGGCGAGCGUAAUGCUGACCUCAGGACAACGAACAAACUGAGCCAGCAGGACAUGGAAAUGCUUCAGAGAGAAGGUGCAAACCUCUUUGGGGAGUCCUUGCAGAAGAGACUGCUGGAUAUUGAAAGCAUGUACUGUAAAGUGCGAUCUCGGCACAGCUUCAUCCAGGCCCUGCUCCGGAGGAUUAGAGGGCUCCUACGAGUAUCUAGAGCCUGAGCAAUUCAGAGAAAAAAUAAAAAUCGCAAAAAAAUAGAAAAAUCAAGAUGUUCACAAUAAAUUUUGUACCUUCUAAGUUAUGGACUAUCUUUUCCACUUUUCCAGAUUUCUGAAAAAUAAAUGCCAUUUUUUUAUUGCCA